CGCUCGAAAGCGCUACGCCAAAGCCCCUCUGCGCCCCUUGCGCUCCCGGACUCAGCGCGCACGCUUCCAUCACAUGGGCGAGCCCAGCGGCCGGCCCGAGACUACAACGCCCGGCGUCCCCUUCUUCGCCCUGAUCAAUGGACCUUAUUUGAAUAAUCUGUGAGCUCUUGGACUCAGGCCAAUCAGCUGUCAGGGACCCAUGAUAAAUCGCAAUGCAUUAUUGAUAAUCAUAAUUACUCUGACAUGCGCAUUCCGGUCCAGGGGAGUAAUUUCCCAACUCUAGGAAUUUGUUGUGAAGAAGAAGAAGAAGAAGAAGAAAAUAAUUGCUACUAUUUUGCUCCCGAUGCGUGUGCACCAUGUCGAGGCGCAAGCAGGCGAAGCCCCAGCACAUCCAUUCGGACGAGCAGCAAGCCCCGCGCGCAGCAAAUGGUAAGGGCGACACCGCCGCAGCUCGCGGGGAGUCCACAAGACGUCCCAGGUGACAGAGGGGGCGAAAUGAGUUCCAAAAGGUGCCGGACGGAGGAGACCAACAUCUGCGAGAAAUGCUGUGCAGAGUUCUUUGAGCUUUCCGAAUUCCUCGAGCAUAAGAAAAAUUGCACUAAGACGCCACCUGUCCUAAUCAUGAAUGACGGCGAGGUCACGGUGCCCCUGGAAGACUUCCCUGACAGCUCCUCGGGGAGUUUCCCCAGCAAUCAGAUGGACGGUCAGACGGCCAAAGAGAGCCCUGCCAAGAGUCAUUCCGCUUCUGCGGAGAAGAGAGGAGAGAAGGUCGGCGCUGAACCGGAGGGAGGGAUGUAUCUCAAAACGGAGCCCCCUGUCGCUCCCGCGGCUCAUGAGUUGAGCUAUAUGCCCAAACCUAAAGUACCAAACACUAACGUGACUUUGCAGUCCAUACGUGGCACUAAAGUGGCUGUCAACCAAUGUACCUCGGAGACUGUGUCUCCAUCCAUGGCUGGCCUCAACGCCAUCCCCAUGAUCCUUGAGCAGCUCGUGUGCCUACAGCAGCAGCAGCUCCAACAGAUCCAGCUGACGGAGCAAAUCCGGAUCCAGAUUGCCAUGAUGGCCCCCCACAUCCUGCAUCCUUCGAUAGCUGCUGCCGACCCGCUCAAAGCUUUGGGAGCCCACAUGUCCCAACAACUGUCAGCUGCCGUGGCGUUAAUCGGACAGAAAGCUGGGAACCAAAGCCUAUCCCUGGAAUCCUUGAAGCAAGGCAAACUACCUCAUUCGAGUGCCGGCAUGCCGGCCGCUGUCUCUAUGGCCAGCGGGCUCACGCCAGCGGCCAUCUCCUUGAAGCCCGACGCAAUCAGAGGCCUGUCAGGCGCCAUCUCCCGCUUCCCCAACCCUUUGCUACCUCAAUCGUCCAGCUCAGUCAUCUUCCAAAACCCGCUUUCGGCCAUUUCCCCAGCAGCGGUCGACCCCUCGAAGAAGGCGAAAGGGAAGCUGGCCACUCUCAACAUGCCCGAAAACAAACCAAGCCUGGAAGAGCCUUCCUCCUUCUUCAAACACAAAUGCAAGUUCUGUGGCAAAGUCUUUGGCAAUGACAGCGCCCUGCAGAUCCACCUCCGUUCGCAUACGGGCGAAAGACCCUACAAGUGCAACAUCUGUGGCAAUCGCUUUACGACCAAAGGCAACCUUAAAGUGCAUUUCCAGCGGCAUAAGGACAAAUAUCCCCAAAUCAAAAUGAAUCCUUACCCGGUACCGGAACACCUGGACAACAUGCCCACCAGCAGCGGCAUACCCUAUGGGAUGUCUGUCCCGCUGGAUGAAUCCAACCUUAUUGUAGACACCAAGCCCAUCUUGACUGCACUGCCUACCUCUGUAGGUGCCAGCUUACCUCCACACGCUUCCAACUUGGCAAGCAGCAAGGAUUCUUUUGCCGGUGUGCUUCUGAGUGACAUGCAGCCCAGGCCUUCUCCGGAAAGCGAAGGUGGGUCUUCAUCGGGUACGGCGAGUCACGAGUCUGGGGUCGAGCAGAACAGGAGUUCCCCGCAGGCUGGCUGCAGCGCAAGUGUGUUUCAUGUGGGCAGAGCUGGUGAGCAAGGCUCCGAAACGACAAAGCUUCAGCAGCUGGUGGAGAACAUUGACAAAUCUGCGUCGGACCCCAACGAGUGCCUGAUCUGCCACCGAGUCCUCAGCUGCCAGAGCUCCCUCAAGAUGCAUUACCGCACUCACACGGGCGAGCGGCCCUUCAAGUGCAAGAUCUGUGGCCGCGCCUUCUCUACCAAAGGCAACCUCAAGACGCAUUAUGGAGUUCACCGCGCAAAUACCCCCUUGAAGAUGCAGCACUCCUGCCCCAUCUGCCAGAAGAAGUUUACAAAUGCCGUAGUGCUGCAGCAACACAUCCGGAUGCACAUGGGCGGACAAAUCCCCAAUAGCCCAGUCCCAGAAAACACACGGGACAACACUGAGGUGGAGACUACCGUAGCUGAGAACAACGGAGACCCAUGUUGCCUGGAAGAUAACGUGGAAGCCAUGGAGACAGAAGGCGAUCUGGAGUUGCGGGAUGGCCUAAGCCACUCAUCCAAGCCACUUGCCCCAUGUGGUACUCCAGGCGAGCCUACGAGUUCUGUUUUCUCCAGCAUUUCAGCCCUGGAAAGCCAGAUGAAGAUGGUGAACUCCACCUUGUCCUUGCAGCGCCAAAGCAGCCAGAAAUGCAGCGAUAAUGGCUCAGGAGAGAGCGAUGGUAUGACCAAUGACUCUUCCUCAGUAAUGGGUGAUGCAGACUAUCAGAAUGGCAGCCGCAGUCCUGUUGCCUCUGAUUCAGCUUCUUUCCCAGCGUUGUCUCCAGCCAACAGUCAAGCAGAGAGCCCCACAUCCAAGUCUCCAGACUUUAACAUCCAAGAGGACAGUGCAGCGGGAAGUAAGGCUGAGGGUCCCGAAACCCACCCCAUGGGUCCUGAAAUCCGUCCCGUGGAAAGGGAUAGUGCUUUGGAUCUAACUUAUGGCAGUAUUGGUCGAAAGAUUAUCAAAGAGGAACCUGGGUUGCUCUUCCCAAAUGGAGAAUAUGGUCGAAACAGCAUCCACCCUGCUUUUGUCAGAGCGCCGCCAGGUCUUAUAAAAAUGGAAGUUCCUAGCGAUCGUUCCAUCAGCACGGCCCAUUUUAUUGGCCCCCAUGUGUUGUCGUCCUCUGGGCCUCUGCUGGUGCCGCCCCCUCGCCGGACUGCGAAGCAACAUAUCUGCACUACGUGUGGCAAGAACUUCUCUUCGGCAAGCGCCCUCCAGAUUCACGAGCGGACUCACACGGGCGAAAAGCCCUUCGCCUGCACCAUCUGCGGAAGGGCUUUCACCACGAAAGGGAACCUCAAGGUUCACGUUGGAACUCACAUGUGGAACAACUCCCCCAGACGUGGAAGAAGACUGUCCAUCGACAACCCCAUAGCUCUGAUCGGGAACGAUCCCAAGAAGGUAUCAGAGAUGUUUCCCAAGGAGGUCGUUCCUUCCUCAGUCAGCCUCGAUCCCUCAGCAUGGAACCAGUACGCUGCAGUCCUCAGCAACGGCUUAGCCAUGAAAGCCAAUGAGAUCUCUGUCAUCCAGAGUGGCGGUAUACCUUCUCUUCCAACCACAAUUGGGGGAGGUCCGGCAAUCAACAUAGCAAUGAAUUCCGCCACAGUCUCCAAGAUGGAUGGUUCCCAGUCUACGACUGGUUCAGAGAUCGAGAAGCCCAGCAGCACCGCCACAGACACUGUGCCAAAACGCCAAUUCCCUCACUUUAUGGAGGAAAACAAAAUUGCUGUCAAUUGAAAGCCAAGAAAACUUGAGAGGAAGCAGAAUGGAUUUUUUUUAAAGGAAUCACUAUAGAAACAUAUAUAUAUUAUAUUUUUAAGAGAUUACACCUCAAGUAUCCUUAUUUUCCUAUCAAUGUGCAAAUGAGUCUAUGGUUGUCUUUGUAAAGAGUUGCCCAGAGUACAAUCAUGCUGGUUUUGUUUUGUUUUGUUUUUUGGGGAGAAGAGCCUAUUUAGGGCUCUCUUCUUUUUUUCUUCUUUUUUUGGAAAAAUGCGGGUCUUGCAAAGUAGUUCUUAUAUGGAUGACUUUAAUGUGUAAAACGUUGCCCGUUUUACAAUGUGAAAAUCCAAAACUGAUGAACAUAUAUACCUCUUUUUGUUUCGUUGUUACGGCUUAGAAAUCAAUUGUGGCUUCGAGAAGAGCAGGGUCAAAUCAGUUGGCCAUUCAGAGAGGGACACAGGGAGUUUGGCACUCCUGGAAUUCACGACUGAUAUGUGGAAAGUAAUUAUGCGGGUAAAUAUCCAAGAAUGCCACCCUUUUAGGAUAGUACCUUUUGUGUGUAUGUGUGUGGUUUGUUUUUAAAUGUGGUUUUGAAUGUAAUAUUACUAUAAUGCCUACUGGACAUGCAGAUCCCACUUUACUCAGAAGAAUGUUUUGUUGGAUAUGAAAAUUCAUUUUUAAACUGGCACUGUCUGUUUAAUCCACGAUAAACCUUAAAUACCUUGUACUGGUGACUGCUGCUUAUUUAAAUACUACAUGAACGCAUGCACGCCAUCAAGAUAACUGUGCCAAAAUCCUGAUUUUGCAGUGCAUUGCUGUUCCACACCCACUGCCACCCCCAAAUACGCCACAUUGCAGGGAGGAAGUUGGGAGAGACUCAUCGAACGAGCAAGAGGGUAAAAGCUUUGUAUAUACUGUCGAAAGGGAAUUUGGAUCCUUUGGGGAGGCCGAGUUUGGAAUGUUCUGCUGGGAAUCUCAAGGGACUGCAUUUUGGAAACAGUUCAUGUAGCAUGAGGAAACCUUUCGCCUGUUCAUGCAUAUUUGAUUUUCUUGGGAAAUGUCUGUAUCAAGAUUCUGUAUUUAAAAUGAAGUAGGGGGGGGAUGAGGGGUGUUCUAAUUUGCUAAGACACUUCCAAUUCAGAAAUUCAGGGUGCAAACCACCCAGAUGUUUUAUCUGUAUGGACUUCCUGUGUUCUUGUGGUGCAUUUGGAGUUUGUACAGGAGAAAUCUAGGGUUGCUUGCAGGGGCUGAUAGCUUCCUUUUUGACUUUGUGUAUUUGCAUUUUUUGGGGGAGGGGAAAACAAUCCAACCCCCCCCCCAAAAAAAAACCUGAUGGCAUUUGUGUUUGUAUGAAGGUUACUGGGAUGGCCCUGUGGAUUCUAAGUUAUCUACCUCAUUAUUAUUAUAUUAUUAUGUUGUUGUUCUUUUUGUAGUGCUGAGUGUCUAUUUUUCUAUCAAAUAACCACUGUAUUAAACUUGAGAUCCAAGCAGAGGCUACUGUGCACUAUUUGAACCAAAAUAUGAUAUGCUGGUAAGAAUGUCUGAUGAUGUCAUGGUGUGUGUGAGGUUUGUUUGUUUGUUUGUUUGUUUGUUUGUUUGGGGGCUUUCCCCCCAUAGCCCCUCCCCUCCUCACUUCUGCAUAAUCUCUUUGUGGAUGUGAAGCUACAUUGGAAAAUAGAGCUUAGUAUUCGGUAUUAAAAUGACUUUGAAUAAACAUAUGGCUUCUCCCCCACCCCCGAAUUCAAGGGUCCAGCUGUGCUCAUGUGGAAGGCUCAUGAAACAAUGUGGAUUCAGUAAUAAUAAUAAUAAUGAAAAAAUACACUUUACUUGCACCAUGUUGUUGCACCUGAACUAUAUUGUGUGUGUUUCUCCUCUCAGUUUUUGUUGUUGUUGCUUAGGAUCAGUUUUUUGCCAAGUUGUGCCUUUCCUGCUGGACUUCGUAAAGAACACAACCCUGUUUACACUGUAAAAUGGAUCUUGUUACAUUGAACAUGCCAAAGGUUCAUCCCAAUCAUCAAAUGUCUCUUCUGAGUUGCGAAUGUAUGGACUUUUAAGGAAAUACUGUGUAGCUUUUUUAAAAAAGAAAACUUAUCUACUGAAACGUUUCUGUUGAUGUUAUGAAAAUAAAUUUGGGAUGACUUUUUCACACUUAA